AAUGCAACACGGCCGGCGUAAGUUGUCACACGAUGAGAUCUCUUCGGAGCAGAAGUCGUUGGACAGGGAGAAAGCAGCUAAGGCGUUGAAGCUCAUGCAUGAUGUAUUGGAAGCUAGGAAAACCUGUGAGGAGAUGACUCCAGAAGUGAAUGGGCUGACUAUGAAGGCCUUGCAGAUCAACCCGGAGGUUGCCACGAUUUGGAAUUUCCGGCGCGAUUUGCUCUCUCGACUCCCCACAUCCUUGCGAGUGCCUGCUUUGGAGAAGGAGUUGGAGUUACUCAACAUGGCCACCAAACUUAUCACCAAAUCCUACUGUGUAUGGCAUCAGAGGAGAUGGGUCGUAGAUGAACUCCUUGAUCUCCUGUCGACCAACAGUCCGGUGGAUGAAGGCAGCAGUGAGCAGCAGACUCCAGAGAGGUUGAUAGCGAGCGAGCUGAGUGUCAUUGAUAAACUAUUGUCAUACGAUGGCCGCAACUUCCAUGUGUGGAACUACCGAGCGUUCUUGCUCUCGCAUCCAGCUUAUAAAGGAGAUAAGACCAAGCUCGAUCGAGAGACGAGUCAGCGGCUCAUCGAUCAGAAUUUCAGCAACUAUUCUGCCUGGCAUCUUCGCAGCACUUUGAAGGACUUGGAUGUUCAUGAGGAGCUCGAUUUGGUCCGUCAAGCGUACUAUACCGAGCCGAAUGACCAAUCUGUCUGGCAGUAUCACAACUGGCUCACAAUAGCCGCUAUGGGAGAACACAAACCUGGCGACGAGUAUACUUCCGAGCAGGUUGGUAUUCUGAGGGAUGAGUUGACUUCUGUGGAGGAGUUGCUGCAAGUUGAAGCUGAUGCUAAAUAUGCGCUGUUAACAAAGGCGAAGAUUCUUCGAGCCUUGGAUGAGGAGAGCUCGAAAGAUGAGAUUAGAGACAUUUUCCUCAAGUUGGAGGAAGUCGAUCCCGUCCGAAAAGGAUUUUAUAGGGAUUGGCUGCUGGCCAAGUGA